UAUGUAAUUUUUUACACCUAAAUUCUCUUUUGUGGUUCACAAAACCUUCAAAUAAAAGUUAUUGGCUAGAAAAGAAAAGAGACGUUUUAGGGGAUUAAAUGUUUAUGUCCCUGAGUUUACAGGAGAAGGCUCUAUUCAUCCUUGGUUAGAUGCAAAGAGAAUCAAAUUAUUGACCAAAUUUUAUGAAGAUCAUCGUAAUAAACAUCGUUUUACAUUCAAAUUAUCUUCAGAUGAUAAAAAGAAAUUGAAUGAAGUUAUGUAAAAUUAUGCAGAAAUACAUGUAAAAGAUGAGAUUAUUCAUUAAAGUAUUUGAGAAUGCUCUAAGAAAAAUAUUGGCUAGAUAAACAUACAGAAGUUAUUAUGAAUGUGUAAAAGGAAGUUAACAGUUUACCAUAUGUCUUGAAAAGUGAAUUGGAUAGAAAAUUAAGUGAAAAAGAAAUGGAAUAUUAUGAUCGUCCAUAACUAGAACCUGAUUCUGUUUAUUUUGAAUAACGUUUACGUACCUUACCAGAAGAAGAAGCAUUAAACUUUGAAUUUGCUUAAAGAUUGUUCAGAAUAGCAUAAGAUAAACUUGCUUAGAAUGAGUGAUU